AUUAAUAUUCGACGUCACAGCCUCUCUUUCUCAAGUCCUCCGGCGGAGAGGAGCAGCGACCGCAGCGCGAGGCCGUCCUACACUUGGGAGCCGUUCGCCAAAAUGGUGAACUUCACGGUAGACCAGAUUCGGGAAAUCAUGGACAAAAAGUCCAACAUCAGGAACAUGUCUGUGAUCGCCCAUGUGGACCAUGGCAAAUCUACUCUCACUGAUUCCUUGGUGUGCAAGGCUGGUAUUAUUGCUUCUGCACGUGCAGGAGAGACCAGAUUUACUGACACCAGAAAAGAUGAACAGGAGAGAUGUAUCACCAUAAAGUCAACGGCCAUCUCUCUAUAUUAUGAGCUUGGUGAGAAUGACUCAGCCUUCAUUAAGCAGUGCAAGGAUGGUUUUGGCUUCCUCAUCAACCUGAUCGACUCACCGGGACAUGUUGACUUCUCUUCUGAGGUGACAGCAGCUCUAAGAGUUACAGAUGGUGCCCUUGUAGUGGUAGACUGUGUAUCAGGUGUAUGUGUGCAGACUGAAACCGUCUUGAGACAAGCCAUUGCAGAGCGCAUCAAGCCUGUCUUGAUGAUGAACAAGAUGGAUCGUGCCCUCCUCGAGUUGCAGCUGGAACCCGAUGAGCUUUUCCAAACCUUCCAGAGGAUUGUGGAGAAUGUUAACGUCAUCAUCUCAACCUACGGUGAAGGAGAGCAUGGACCAAUGGGAAACAUUAUGGUGGACCCUGUGAUUGGGACUGUUGGAUUUGGAUCAGGUCUCCAUGGCUGGGCUUUUACUCUGAAGCAGUUUGCUGAGAUGUAUGUGGCCAAGUUUGCUGCCAAAGGAGAUAAGAAAAAAGCAGACCUUCCUCCAGCAGAACGGGCUAAGAAAGUGGAGGAGAUGAUGAAAAAGCUUUGGGGAGAAAAGUACUUUGAUCCCUCUUGUGGAAAAUUCAGCAAAUCGGCAGCCAAUGCAGAUGGCAAGAAGCUUCCUCGUACUUUCUGCCAGCUUGUCUUGGAUCCAAUCUUUAAGGUUUUUGAUGCCAUUAUGAAUUUCAAAAAAGAAGAGACCCAGAAACUGAUUGAGAAACUUGAAGUUAAGCUUGAUGCAGAAGACAAAGAAAAAGAAGGAAAACCUCUACUUAAGGCUGUGAUGCGCCGCUGGUUGCCUGCAGGUGACGCUUUGCUCCAGAUGAUCACCAUCCAUCUUCCUUCUCCUAUAUUAAAACAUAUUGCUCAAAAUGGAUAA